AUGGCUCAGGAUGAAGCAGCAGCCCUACAGAAGAUGAGAGACCUAGAAGAACGUAUCAAGGCACCUUCAAUAUGGGGUCGUGUGCCUUGCGGAGUCAGGUUUGAAGAUCUUCAAGAUAGACGGUAUGAUGACGCUGUGAGGUUGCUGAAGAGACAUUAUUUGACUGAGGAAAUAACAUAUAGGUCAGUUAAAUUGGCGGAGGACAAGGAAGGAACAGACGAGUUCAUUCACAACGUGAGGAUAUGGAUGAAGGACAAGAUGUCUAUAGCAGCAGUCAAAGAAGGUACUGACAAGCUAGUCGGAGUGCUCAUCAUGAGAAUACAGGAGAAAAGUAUGUAUGAAAUCUAUUUUAAGGUCUAUCUUGCCCUGAAUUGA